GCGGAUCCGCAGGCGACCGCCGCAUCCAAGUCACCACCGGGCUCCGGGUUUCUGGCGGCUCGCAAGGUAAACGGAGACAGCUGAAGCGGACUCGUGCAGCAUCCCCCUGGCCCUUCUGGUCCAAGACCCUACCACUUGCUCUCCCUGGCGACCUGUAUUCGGGGCUUCUCCUGGACAAGUCUGAGGAAGAUCUAGCCACCUUGUCCACCCACAGCCAUGAAUUUCCUUCGGCGACGCCUCUCUGACAGCAGCUUUGUCGCCAACCUGCCUAACGGCUAUAUGACAGACCUGCAGCGCCCCGACAGCUCCACCAGUUCCCCCGCCUCCCCGGCCAUGGAGCGGAGGCACCCCCAGCCCCUGGCGGCCUCCUUCUCCUCUCCAGGAUCCAGCCUUUUUAGCUCCUUCUCCAGUGCCAUGAAACAGACCUCGCAGGCCCCCUCAGGGCUGAUGGAGCCUCCGGGCCCCUCCACGCCUGUUGUUCAAAGGCCCAGGAUCCUGUUGGUGAUCGAUGAUGCCCACACAGACUGGGCCAAGUAUUUCCAUGGGAAGAAGGUGAAUGGAGAGGUGGAGAUCCGAGUGGAGCAGGCUGAAUUCUCGGAACUGAACCUGGCUGCCUAUGUUACUGGGGGCUGUAUGGUGGACAUGCAAGUCAUGAGAAACGGGACCAAGGUUGUCAGAUCCUUCAAGCCGGACUUCAUCCUGGUCCGCCAGCACGCCUACAGCAUGGCCCUGGGCGAAGACUACCGCAGCCUGGUCAUCGGCCUCCAGUAUGGAGGGCUGCCCGCCGUCAACUCCCUCUAUUCCGUCUACAACUUCUGCAGCAAGCCCUGGGUGUUCUCUCAGCUCAUUAAGAUCUUCCAUUCCCUGGGACCUGAGAAGUUCCCGCUUGUGGAGCAAACGUUUUUCCCCAACCAUAAGCCAAUGCUCACGGCCCCUCACUUCCCUGUGGUGGUCAAGCUGGGACACGCCCAUGCCGGAAUGGGAAAGAUCAAAGUAGAAAACCAGCAUGACUACCAGGACGUCACCAGCAUGGUAGCGAUGGCCAAAACCUACGCCACCACCGAGGCCUUCAUCGACUCCAAGUACGACAUCCGCAUCCAGAAAAUUGGAUCCAACUACAAGGCUUACAUGAGAACCUCCAUCUCUGGAAACUGGAAGGCGAACACAGGCUCUGCCAUGCUGGAGCAAGUGGCCAUGACAGAGAGGUACAGGCUGUGGGUGGACAGCUGCUCAGAAAUGUUCGGCGGCCUGGACAUCUGCGCCGUCAAGGCCGUCCACAGCAAGGACGGCAGAGAUUACAUCAUCGAGGUAAUGGACAGCUCGAUGCCCCUGAUCGGAGAGCAUGUGGAAGAGGACAAACAGCUGAUGGCCGACCUCGUUGUCUCCAAAAUGAGCCAAUUCCUGAUGCCGGGGGGCACAGUACCCUCACCCCUAAGGCCUUGGGCUCCGCAAGCUAAACCAGCAAAAUCCCCCGGGCCAGCCCAGCUGGGGCCUCCGCUGGGACAGCCCCAGCCACGCCCACCCACACAAGGGGGUCCUCGCCAAGCUCAGUCUUCUCAGCCUCCAAGAUCUGGAAGCCCCUCCCAACAGAGGCUCUCCCCACAAGGCCAGCAGCCCGUGAGCCCCCAGUCUGGAUCCCCACAGCAGCAGAGAUCACCAGGCUCUCCACAGUUGACCCGGGCAGCCAGUGGCAGCUCUCCAAACCAGGCUUCCAAGCCAGGCGCCACCCUCACCUCACAGCCCCGGCCCCCGGUGCAAGGCCGCAGCCCCUCUCAACAGGGUGAAGAGCCCAAGAAGCCAGCACCACCCCACCCCCAUCUCAACAAAUCCCAGUCCCUGACGAACAGCCUCAGCACGUCCGACACGUCCCAGCGCGGGGCCCCAAGUGAGGAUGAGGCCAAGGCCGAAACCAUCCGCAACCUGAGGAAGUCCUUCGCCAGCCUGUUCUCCGACUAGCCCUGUGCCGCAGGGAGGAGGGCCACGCUCCGGGGGCCCCUCGCCAUCCUGCCUCAUCGUCCUUCUCGGCCUUGUUCCUGAUGGGAACAGAAUGGAGGGCCUGAGAAUACACCUUCUAAAUGCCUUUGACCCUGAACUGAGUAUCUAUACAUGUCCCCACUUUCCUUCACCAUGACAUUCCAGCAUCAUCCGACUGAGCAGUGGACCUUUGAGAGCCUCCAGGUUCCUCCAAAUGGGCCUUGACGACAGGUGUCACGUCAUUCUGCCCACCCAGAUGCUUGCUUCCCUGCCUCGGAUAACCAAGUGAGAUGUCCGUGUGUGGCUAGUUUUCACAUCUCUUGUUAGUGUCUUGCUUGCCUUUGGGAGAAGGCCCCUCUAGGCCUCGCCCCACCCCCAUCAAAUGCAGACACUGCUGUCGGACCUCAGCAAUAUAGGAGGCAAUAAUCUUACGACAGUGUUUUGCAAAUAAAAGGAGAGAAGCCCAGCCAGGUGAAGUCGUCACCUGCCCACGCUAAUUCCAUCCAGGCUCAAGAGACCUCCCCUCAGACCAGGCAGGCAAAGGCCCCAUCACGCCUGGCCACCAGUGGGAUCUUGAGGCCAAAGGAAAGAAACCAGAUCCUGUGUGACAAGUGGGGCCUUUCAGAACACAACAGAAAGAGAGGGAGAAGGAAGGAAGGAAAGAGGGAAGGAAG